AUGUUACAAAAGGUCACAUUCGUCGUUCAAGUUCCGGGCUGGCCCCUACCUGAAGCUCCCACAACUGUGAGGACCUUAACCAACACUCUUUCUGCUCCUGCUCCUAUUGUCUUUUCUUCCAACUACCUCUACCUGCUUCUACUUCUCAUCCUCCCAUUCCACUGCAGUGCGCGUCCGGCGACUGCCCAUCACAGCGUAAGGGAGGUGAAUGGCCCGCGCGCUGGGGCACGAGGAAGGUGA